AAUUCCGUCAGUCAUUCCUGAUAUUUCCUCCAUUAAACAUGUUCCUCCUUCUAUACAUCACCCUCUUUUUUGUCCGCGUCGUCACUCCUUCCCUCACGACCGACUACUACCAAACCCUAAUCAGCGAGCGCACCACGCAAGCACAAGUCUACGAAUUACCCCAAACCAACUCUGAGUUCGCCACUUCGCACGAAACAACCGAUUUCGGGAGCUACGAUUUCAUUAUCGCAGGAGCCGGCUCGGCAGGUAGCGUCUUAGCGAGCCGUCUUUCCGAAAUAGACGACUGGAGAAUCCUCCUCCUGGAAGCCGGGGGUGAAGAGGACGACUUUAAUGCCAUUCCGGGGAUGUUUCCGUACUUACAGUUCAGCGAGAUGAAUUGGGGGUAUUAUACGACCCCGCAAGCGAAUUGCUGUCUAGGUAUGAGAGAUAACAAGUGCAUGGCUCCUCGAGGGAAAUCGAUUGGUGGGAGCAGCGCGAUUAACGCCGUGUUGUAUGUGAGAGGGAACGCGGAAGAUUACGACAAGUGGGCCCAACUGGGAAAUCCAGGCUGGUCGUACGAGGAAGUGCUUCCCUAUUUUAUGAAGUCCGAGAACUCGCAGAUUGGGGGAAAUGGGGACUAUCACGGAAAAGGAGGCUUCUGGGGGGUGGAGCAUGCGACACCCUACUCCGACCUGUUUGAUGUUUUCGUGGAAGCUAACGACGCUUUGAAUCAAUCGAACAUUGACUACAAUGGUGCUGGACAAAUCGGGGUUUCCAAAACCCAGCUGAGCAUCAAACAUGGUAAAAGACAAAGCGCGGGGACGGCAUUUCUGGAUAACGCCAGAAAAAGGAGCAACCUUGAAGUAGUCACUGGAGCUCUGGUCACUAGAGUUAAUAUCAAUGAAGAAACGAAGCGCGCUGAAGGGGUGGAAUUUGCAACCAAAGAGCAAAAAUUUCGAGUUAGUGCCACCAAAGAAGUGCUUGUGGCUGCAGGUGCCAUCAACACCCCACAACUCCUAAUGCUUUCAGGGAUAGGACCCUCAAAGCACUUAGAAGAGUUGGGUAUUGACGUCAUCGCGGACCUCCCAGUCGGUCAAAAUCUCAUGGAGCACCCACAAUUCCUGGGUUUGACCUUCCACACCAACUACUCCGCUCAAGGUUCAAAUUUGGACGACUCCAUCGAGCAGUACUUGCAAGGCUCAGGCCCUUUGACUUCAACAGCCGAGGCUCUUGGCUUCCUCCAUGGAAGCAGUAUUGAUGGUACUCCAACCAUUAUGUACGCCUUCAGUCCUCCUUCGGGUAGUAGCAGCCCCAUCGUGGCCAGAAUGUACAACUACAACGACGACUUAAUCGAAAACUAUCUAAACAAACUCAACCCCUCGUCUGAUGUUUCGUUCAGUUUGAUUCUCCUUCAUCAGAAGUCUCGCGGAAGCGUUACUUUAAAAUCGUCUGACCCAAUUGACUUUCCGAAUGUUGAUUUAAAUAUGUUUGAAGAGGAGGAGGACGUCGACGAUUUUGUUAAAGGAAUCGAUUUCGUGCUCGACCUGGUGCAAACUGAGCCGUUUCAAAGGAUCAAUGCUACGUUUGUCGAUAUUCCGGUUUGUGGGGAGUUUGAAAAGUUCUCGAGGGAGUUUUGGGGGUGCGCCGUUCGACACAUGUCGAUGACCCUUUACCACCCUUGUGGUACCACAGCGAUGGGUCUGAGUGAAGAGAAUUCUGUUGUUGAUAGUAGUUUGAAGGUACAUGGAAUCGCAAGUUUGAGGGUUGUGGAUGCAGGAAUUUUUCCGUCGACGAUUUCUGGACCCACGAAUGCGGCUGUUAUUAUGGUGGCAGAAAAAAUAGCGGACGUCAUUAAGAAUGAAUAUGGUUUCAAGUAAUUGUCAAUAAUACUGUAACACGAGGUAUUAAAAUAAAUGAGUUAUAAAUAAUUUAAAUAAAAAAACAACACGUCCAGGUCAAUACAA